AGUCCUGUGGCUCUCUGGCCCAGGGCUUCAAGAGCUAUUCCUAGCUUUGCUCGGGUUUACUGUCCUCCCCACAUUCAGGGGCAGCAGGUGGGACCUGGCGCCCUGGGGAUAACCCCUGUUUUUCCCAUAAUAGGCACAGGCAGGAUGGGGACAGAAACUCCCGCCUCUCCUGAGACUGCCCCUCUGAGGAAGGAGUUGGUGUCCACACUCUGACCCUCCCACAAACCAUACCCUGGAGACAGAACUCCCGCCCAGGUGCCAACCCACAGGCCUCAUCCCCAGCCAUGCAGCACCCAGCUCCAGGGUGGAAGCUGCCCAGCGCCCGACUUUGAAGGGCUGUUUGAUGUGACAGCCACUCCCCUGCCUGUCGUAAGGGUGCCCGGGUGCUCAUCUCAGAUCGGCGGAGCCCUGCAGUCAAGACUGGGCAUUCCUGUCCAGCAGGCACCAGAGUUGCGAAAGGCCUGUGCCAGGACACUCCACUCUUUUCCUGGCUGCUGUUCUGGGGCUCACUCCUGAUUUUCUUCUGCUUAGCUCCUGGCAGCAAGCUCUGUGGAGAGCAGCCCUCCCCUACAGCAGGGCUGGGAUUACAGAGCUGGGCGUUCAGGGCAGGGUUGGGCAGGCCCAGGUGGUGAUGGUUGGCAAGUGCCACACAGGUGUCAGAAGCUCGAGUACAGAUUUAGGGUGCCUUACUUCCUGGACAGGUGACAGAUCAGGAGUGGGUGUAGAGCUUGGGUGGAGCAGAGGCGGGGGGUGGGAGGGACUUGGGACCAGUUGGGACAUCACAUCCCUGGCUCUGGGUUAGAAAGCCGACAGUCCUUGAUCCUGUGGCUGCUACCGCAUCAUUCCUGCUUCUGAGGACUCAGUCUCAUGGCUCUGGCAGAGGUGUCCAGGACCUGCCUGCUCACGGUUCAUGUCCUGCAGGCCCAUCGCCUGCCCUCGAAGGACCUAAUGACCCCCUCUGAUUGCUACGUGACUCUCUGGCUGCCCACAGCCUGCAGCCACAGGCUGCAGACACGCACAGUCAAGAACAGCAGCAGCCCCAUCUGGAACCAGAGCUUUCACUUCCGGAUCCACCGGCAGCUCAAGAAUGUCGUGGAACUGAAAGUCUUUGACCAGGACCUGGUGACUGGAGAUGACCCUAUACUGUCAGUGCUGUUUGAUGCAGGGACUCUGCGGGCUGGGGAGUUCCGGUGCGAGAGCUUCUCACUGAGCCCUCAGGGCGAGGGGCGCCUAGAAGUUGAAUUUCGCUUGCAGAGCCUGGCUGACUGUGCCGAGCAGCUUGUCAGCAAUGGCAUCCUGGUGGCCCGGGAGCUCUCCUGCUUGCACGUUCAACUGGAGGAGACAGGAGACCAGAAGCGCUCAGAGCGCAGAGUUCAGCUUGUGGUUCCUGGGUCCUUUGAGGGUCUGCAGGAGGCCUCUGUGGGCACUGGCAGCUUCCACUUCCACUGCCCAGCCUGCUGGGAGCAGGAGCUGAGGCUUCACCUGCAGGUAGAUGAUGCUCCCGAGGAGCAGCUGAAGGUGCCACUGAGUGCCCUGCCCUCUGGCCAACUGGUGAGGCUUCUCUUCCCCACAUCCCAGGAGCCUCUGAUGAGAGUGGAACUGAAAAAAGAAGAAGGACCGAAGGAGCUGGCUGUGCGACUGGGCUUUGUGCCCUGUGCAGAAGAGCAGGCCUUCCUGAGCAUGAGGAAGCAGGUGGUGGCCGCAGCCCUGAAGCAGGCCCUGCAGCUGGACGGAGACCUGCAGGAGGAUGAGAUCCCAGUGGUAGCUGUUAUGGCCACUGGUGGUGGGAUCCGGGCAAUGACUUCUCUGUAUGGGCAGCUGGCCGCCCUGAAGGAGCUGGGCCUCUUGGAUUGCGUCUCCUACAUCACCGGGGCCUCAGGCUCCACCUGGGCCUUGGCCAACCUCUAUGAGGACCCAGAGUGGUCUCAGAAGGACCUGGCACGGCCCACUGAGUUGCUGAAGACCCAGGUGACCAAGAGCAAGCUGGGAGUGCUGGCCCCUAGCCAGCUGCAGCGGUACCGGCAGGAGCUGGCGGAGCGUGCCCGCCUGGGCUACCCGAGCUGCUUCACCAACCUGUGGGCCCUCAUCAACGAGGCGCUGUUGCACGAUGAGCCCCAUGACUGCAAGCUUUCAGAUCAGCGAGAGGCCUUGAGUCACGGCCAGAACCCUCUGCCCAUCUACUGUGCCCUCAACACCAAGGGGCAGAGCCUGACCACUUUUGAAUUUGGAGAAUGGUGUGAGUUUACCCCCUACGAGGUUGGCCUCCCCAAGUACGGGGCCUUCAUCCCCUCUGAGCUCUUUGGCUCUGAGUUCUUCAUGGGGCAGCUGAUGAAGAGGCUCCCUGAGUCCCGCAUCUGCUUCUUAGAAGGUAUCUGGAGCAACCUGUAUGCAGCCAACCUCCAGGACAGCUUAUACUGGGCCUCAGAGCCCAGCCAGUUCUGGGACCGUUGGGCCAGGAACCAGGACAGCCUGGACAAGGAGCAGGUCCCCCUUCUGAAGGUAGAAGCACCACCCUCAACAGCCGGCAGGAUAGCUGAGUUUUUUGCUGACCUCCUGACGCGGCGCCCGCUGGCCCAGGCCACACAUAAUUUCCUGCAUGGCUUCCAUUUCCACCAAGACUACUUUCAGCAUCCUCACUUCUCCACCUGGAAAGCCACCACUCUGGAUGGGCUCCCCAACCAGCUGACACCCACGGAGCCCCACCUGUGCCUGCUGGAUGUCGGCUACCUCAUCAACACCAGCUGCCCGCCCCUCCUGCAGCCCACUCGCGAUGUGGACCUCAUCCUGUCAUUGGACUACAACCUGCACGGAGCCUUCCAGCAGCUGCAGCUCCUGGACCGGUUCUGCCAGAAGCAGGGGAUCCCGUUCCCGCCCAUCACUCCCAGCCCAGAAGAGCAGCUGCGGCCUCGGGAGUGCCAUGCCUUCUCCGACCCCACCAACCCCGGAGCCCCUGCUGUGCUUCACUUUCCUCUGGUCAGCGACUCCUUCCGGGAGUACUCAGCCCCUGGCUGUACUCUCUCCACAGGGGUCCGGCGGACACCCGAGGAGGCAGCCUCGGGUGAGGUGAACCUGUCUCCAUCAGAUUCUCCCUACCACUACACAAAGGUGACCUACAGCCAGCAGGACGUGGAUAAACUGCUGCGCCUGACACAUUACAAUGUCUGCAACAACCAGGAGCAGCUGCUGGAGGCCCUGCGCCAGGCCGUGCAGCGGAGGCGGCAGCGCAGGCCCCAGUGAUGGCUGGGGCCCUGCCCCCAACCCUGCCAACAACUUUCAGGCUCAUUUAUUCCCUGUCCGCUCAGUUGCAGGUAGGGACCAUCUUUGCCCAGUGCACCAGAGCAUCUAAGGAUGGGGCUCCAGGUGCAGUGGGG